UCUUUUUCUCCGGUUUUUAUCCUUAUUUCCCCCUCCUUAGAUCUACCACAUUUUCUAUCCUGUUUUUGUUUCCCUUUUGCUUAUCUUAUUAUUACUAUUCCCUUUUUUUAUCUUCUUCUUCUUCUUUUUCUUUUUUUUUCUUUCAAAAUGGAAAAAUCAAAAUUAUAUUUAUUAACUAAAGAGGAGUUAUUACUCAAUCCUUCAAGUAUCAAAUUAAUUGAUCUAAAAUUAACUUCCAUUCCAAUUGAAAUCAUCGAUCUCCUUAAGGAUUCAUGUGAAUCCUUAUCUUUAAGAUCAAAUUUCCUAAAUUCUUUACCCAACUUUUUUAACAUCUUAUAUCAACUCAGAUAUUUAGAUCUAAAUUUCAAUAACUUUGAAUUCUUUCCAAAGAUCCUAACCAAUUGUAAAAAUUUAGAAAUCCUAGAAAUUAAUAACAACUUUUUAUCCUCCUUACCAAAUGAAAUCGGUUACUUGAAAAAUUUAAAAGUCCUCUUACUAUCAAAUAAUAAUUUCAAACUAAUCCCUCUUCAAAUUUUACAAAUGAAUCAUCUAAAAGUAUUCAACAUCGAUGGCAACCCACUUAUAAAACCUUGCUUAGCUGUGGUUAAUCACAUUAACAAAUUAAUCAUUGAAAACAGUUCUAAUAACCAAUUUGAUCCCAAUGAUAAUAUUAUCAGCAAAAACAAUAAUAAUAUCAAUAACAUUAAUAUUAAUAAUACAAAUAACAAUAAUAAUAAUCCAAAUAUAUUAAAUCGAUUGAAUUUUAAAGAUGAAGAUUACAAACUAAUGUAUAUCAGUGAAAUCAAAAGAUUUCUAUCUUCAAAAAAAGAGUUUUUAAUUGAGCAAUCAAAAUUAUUAAACAAUGAAAAUUUAAAUAACAAUGAUAAUAUUAAUGAUAAUAAUCUUAAUGAUUCUUUAAUCACUAAUAACAACACUUCCUCUAAUAACAAUAGUAAAAGUUUGAACAUGAAUUUAGUAAACUUAAAAUCUUUCUCUCUAAAUGACUACAACCAAAAUAAACUAAAUUUGCCCAUCUCAACUCCAAUAACAACAACUUCAAACCCUUCCUCCAACUUGAAAAACCUUGACAAUGUCCUAACAAAUUCUCAUUUCCCGGAUUUGGAAAGAUCAAAAUCAGUUUCAGAGUCCUUUUUAACUCAAAAAUCUGCUAAAAGAAUGGGCUUUAUCUUGAAAAGAAAUUUACCAUCAAAUAACCAAUCAAUUAUCAAAAAUGAUAACGAGAAAAACACCGACAAUGAAAAAUCAAUUCAACUUUCAAAUAACAAUACAAAUAAUGGAAUCAACACAAACACUAACAAUAUUACCAAUAAUAGCAAUGAUAUUACUCUCCCAAAACAACCUUCCAAUAAUUUCGAUAGCUUUAUUCAAGAAACUUUUCACAAACAUAUAAACUCAAAUUCAAUUCCAAAUUUUAAUAACAGCUUCACUUCAACACAACUCCCUCCACCAAAUAAACCUCCACCGCCUCCUCCAGCAAAGGACAUUCCCAAUAGCGAUUCUUCUAUUUCAAAACGAUUAAGAUCAAACACGAUUACAAAAAACUCACCAAAUCUAUCAAAUUCCAAAAACAAUCCUCCUUUACCAAAUUGGACUUUUUCUGAUCAAUAUCAAUAUCAAUCCCAAUAUCAAUCCCUACCCCAACCCCAAUCUCAACCACAACUACAUCUUCAAACACAUUCUCAAAAUUCUUCUCAAUCACAAUUACCUCUAUAUUUACCAUCUCAAUAUCAAAACCAUUCAUAUUCUCAUUCUCAUUCUCAUUCUCAAUACCCAUCCCAAUAUCAAUAUCAAUCCCAAUCCCAAUCGCAAUCCCAGUCUCAAUCCCAAUUUCAACCUCAAUAUCAACCUCAAUUCCAAAACUUUCAACCAAAUGGUACCGAUCUGCAGGAUACACUAGGUCAAAAUGAUUCUAAUAUUAAAUCUGCUGUUUACUUUAAAAGAUUGUCCACUUUACCUUUAACUAAGCCAAAACUCACUUUCCAGGGUGAUAAACUUCAUAACAGUCCUAAAAAUACUAUUAAUAAUAAUAACAAUAAUAUUAACAAUAAUAUUAACAUUAGAAAUGAUAAUCUUGGUAAUAUUUCUUAUUCGAAUGGUGUUACUGCUAACAACACAACUAGUAACUAUAUCUCUGACAGUAAUGCCGCCAACAAUAUUAGCAAAAUCAAUAUUGGUGCUAACUCUAGUACAAACAAAGUUAAUAACAUUAAUAAUGCUAUAACAAACCUUAACUUGUCCUCAGGAUUAACAAAUAAUAGCAAUAACAAUAGUAGUACUAACCUCAAAUCGGAUGAAAAUUUUUCUUCGCAAAUUAAUAUUCAAAAUCUUAUUAAUCCAAAUUCUAUUAACUCCAAUAAGGAUACAGAUCGUUCUCAUUCUCGAGAAACUUCCUUACUGUCUCACUCCUUUGCCAACAAUAGUGCCCAAAAACUAACCUACCCUUCUAGUUUAAAAAACUCUUCUGUUAAUCUUUCCAAAAUGAACAUAGUAUCUGAUUCAUUAAAAAUAACAACAGGUAACUCCAACAGUUUGACUUCAAAUGCCAAUUCUAACACCAGUAACCAUGGGACAAUCUCAAAAAACAGGAUAAACAGUUUUAACAACGAGAACAAUUGCUCACAUGAAGAGAUAGACACCUUAAUGAAAUACAAAAUUCUAGAACUUGCCAGAAAACUACUUUUUGCCGUUAGUGAAAUUCACUCAACAGUAGUCCGUUUUAUUUUUUUGUCUAACGUUUCUAGCACUCAUAAAAAGUUACAUUUUAGGAUGCAGUCUUAUUUAAAAGCAGGAAAAAAUCAAUUAGAUUUAGUGGUUGAAAUUUUAGAGAAAAUUGAAGAUUACACUAAUGGAAAUGGUAACACUAUUGAUGGGACUAAUAAUGAUAAUUCAGACAGUAAUGAUAAUGAUAUUCUUUCUGCUGAUUAUAACACUACUGAGAUGAACGAGCUGAUUUAUGAGUUAUUGCAAUGUGUAAUCACCUUAUUAAAUGUUUUUGGGAAAAUUCACAUUCUUUUUUUUGAUAAUAUCAAAAUUUUAACCGAAAAAACGGAUGAUAGUUUUAUUCGAAUGUUAUUAUUGUCGAUAUUUGGUUCAUAUAAUGAAUUGUUUAAUGCGUGGAUGAUUCUCUUUCCUGAUGAAAUCAGUUUAGCAAGUUCUUUUCAAAAAAACUUGGAUGGUGGCUCGAUUUCAACUUCAAUUCCUCCCUACGUUCAUAGCAACCUAAUUUCUAAUAAUUCAGUGACAAAUCUUUCAGCGUUGAAUCAAAGUGUCAACUCAAAUUCUGUUCAAUCACCAGUUGUUAUCGGAGGUGGACCAAGAUCUAUUCCUAGUACGUUGCAUUUAUCAACAUUAAAUUCACCUCUUCCCACUAAUAUAACUCAAUUACCAUCUUCAGCAUUUCAAAGCUCAAUUUCGUUGUCCACUACCAAUUUACCAUCUGUUGUGACAAGCGACAAUGUAGAACAAGUUGAUGAACAGCUAUACAGACAUACUAUAAGAGCCAUUGAGAUGACAGAAGUAUCAUUAGAAAUUAUUGAUUGUGCGAUCCUUGAAAAUGAUCGAAUGGAAGAAAAUGAAAUCAAAGACCAGAAUCUGAAAAUAAAACCUAAUUUUGAAGAGUUAAAAGAGGCAUGUUUUGCUUUGAAAAAUAUUAUUGAAAAAAUCAAUACCGCUCUUCCAUAUAUAACUUCUGGCAAUGUUGAAAAACUAAUUAAUCAAAACACAAACAAAGACGCCAAUGAUUAUUUUAAUUUUAGAUCAAAUGCAGCUUUGCAACAAAGACACAACGAAAGAUACCGUAAAAUAUUUCAGGAGGAGAUCAAUAACUAUGUUAAACAAACCAUCAAAGUGAUGUCAUUAUUUGCUCAUUCAAUGGACGAUUUGCCUUCAAACAAAGACUUUGAUUUGAAGGCUAAUUUUUCAAAUUUAACUCGAAUUGCUAAAGAUUUAAUUUAUGUUUUAGAAAAAUCUUCAUAUGCUUCAAAAUUUAAUAAGUUCAGAGACCCUCUUACGGGACUACUGGGGCUACCAGGAAUCUCGUCUUUUGCUAAUGAAGAGUAUUCUUUGACUCCUAUUUCAGGUAUAGUACCAGGAGGAGGUUUGCCCAAUAUAAAUUCUCAACCACAAACAACAAUUAUUACCACUCCAUUAUUGGCGGCUUUGGGACCAGCAGCUCAAGCAGUGUUGCCGAACAAUUCCAUGUCGAAUAGCUCGCUAUCAAAUAAUCCAUUACCAAGAUCUGGAAAUCAGUAGAACUGAGUUUUUAGCAAUUACGAUAUUGGAAAGUUUAUUCAAUGAAAAGUAGAUGAAUACGAAAUAUUAAUAACUUUACUUCAAUCAAUUUAUAUUAUCCCUAUGAUUUAUUUCUAGUAUGCUCAUUCAUUUCUACUAAGUUAUUUAUUUACUUAUCUAUUAAUUUUUUAAUUUUUAAUUUUUGUUUGAAUUUAGUUAUUAUAUAUAUAGAUAUUAUUUAUUUAUUUAUUUAUUUAUUUAUUUUUUUUUGAAUAACAACCUUCACUUC